AUGGUCACUGUAAAUCAAUCCACUAGGAUUUAUUGCUUUACACUAUUCAUUGUAUUAGCAAUUUGUGGGAUUGUCGGAGUCAAUGGUGAUGUGAAUAUUUUGUGCGGAGAAUGGACUCGAUGGACUCCCUGUGAGGAUGGCAAACAGUAUAGAGGAAGGUGGUGUAGAUACAGGAGGGGUUCUGAGCCAAGGAAAUCUAGGGCCGCUUUGCCUAGGUCUAUUCAAGAAUGGAUUGGUCGAGUAGAAAGUCACGGUGCACCAAAGAGUGAUGCGACUUAUGUAGUUGAGGCUGAUUUUGAAAUUUCAAGGUGUGGUCAAUCAAACAACCUCUGGGUGCCACCUGGAAGAGCAAGAGUCCGAGCGGAUGAAAGGGACUUUAGAAAACAUCAAGGAAUUGGCACAAAAACAAGGAAUGAAGAAAAGGAUCAAAACAGACCAAGUGGCUUGGGAUUAAAAACCCAAAGGGAAGUUGAAAGAGAACGCAAAAAAGCGGAACGAGAGCAACGAAAAGCUGAAAGGGAACAAAGGAAAGCUGAAAGGGAACAAAGGAAAGCUGAAAGGGAGAAGAAAAAGGCAGAGAGAGAAGAAAGGAGGGCUGAACGAGAACGAAAAAGAGCCGAGAGAGGAAAGAAGGGUCCCAAAAUUGCAAGGGAAAAUUGUCCAUUAGAUCCAGCAAAGGGUGGAGAAACGCCCAUAAUUGGACAAGGUGGAUCCGAACCUAUUAUUGCAAGUGCAAAGAAUGGACCAAGUAACAAUUCACAGGAUACCAAGACACCGAGUUUCAAGGCUCAAGAAACUUUUAAUGACACAAGAGAACCAGUUAGGCCACAACUUGUCGUUCCAAGACCUCUUGUUACACCAAAGAGGGUUCAGGAGCCUAUAAGGGUGGUGACACCAACUGUACCAAGGGCAGCACCAGUGGUUGUUACACAGCCAAGGAAGCCAAAACCACCAAGACGACCCUUGAGACCUUGGAGACCAACACGUCCGGGAGGUCGCAGACCAAAUGUUACGCCCAGAAUCAAGAGACCAGCAACCCCAAGACCUGCGCCAAAUACAAGAAGGAUUAGGGUUGUGCCCAUUAAAGUCCCAAGGGUUGUUGCACAACCUAGAAUUGUAACUCCAAUUGUUAGGCCAAGUGCUGUCACUAAACCAGCUGAACCCAAGGUAAAUGCAACAAACGAGACUGGUAUUCUUGCACAUGUUUACCCGGUACCACCUGUCCCUAGUGAUGCUCCUGUUACAAAGGAACCGGAGCCAAGUAACGUCAAGGAAGGACAAGAUGACAAAAGUCCCAAUGAACAAGGAAAUAGCCAAUCGUCUGACAACGGAGAGUAUAGAGAUGUCCCCAGGGGAAUGAAAGAGGAUGAAGAAUUGACCAAUCAGAAUGACCGUUUAAAUGAGGAAGCUGCCCCAAUUUUAGAGAAUGGGAAUGACAAGGAAAGGGUAAAGGCCAGUAGUACGACGAGUGAAGAAAAUGAAAAGCCAAGCUACGGUGGUGAUUUGUCUUCUUUGGAAAGGGAAGCUGCAGAACCUUCCAUUGGCAUUGUUCACCCUCUAGAAUCUGAUACUGCCAAUGGCAAUGAAGAUGAUGGAAUAUCACCUUUAAUUUCUGAAGGUGAAAAUGGUGCAAGGGAUGAUAAAGGAGCUAUUCCACCUCAACCUCCUGUGACCCCUCCUACUGAAGGGUCUUCAGAAACUCCUCAGUCAGUUGGAAAGGUCGGUGCUCUAGAUAUUGCCAAUCCUGAUGAGACAAGGGUAGAUAUUAAUAAAGGCGAUAGUAGUGGAGUAGGUUACAGGGGAUUAAUGCCAAAGGAUGAUGUUAUCGUAUCCUCUGUUUUGGAUGCUGGAGCUACUGUAUGGGAGGCUGAAGGAGCCAACGACAAGUGUGUAGCCAUUAACCUAUACUCUAGGGGUGAUACAUCCCUCCUAACUUUGUGGACCAUUAGAGGAGAAUCUCUGGACAUUUUAUAUUUUAAAAGGGUGAAAGACAAAUGGGAUGGCAUAACACCCAAGGAGUUUAAAGAGAAGUUGAAUGGAAUGGAUGAUGGAGAUGAAGAUAAUGAUAAAAGAGAUGAACCAGCUGUUCAAGAACCCGCUAAAGAUACUUUUGAAGGAACCAGAGAUUCUACACCCUCUAAAGCAGCCGAGGAGGAAAAUAAAACUCCAGUUGUGGUCUUGCCUGAUAAAGAGUCUAAAAAUGCGCAGGACCAAGCAGAUGGUCCCACCAUCAAGGAACCGGAGGAAGCCAUUGUUUCAGAGGAUGGAAAACUUGCUCCUGAACCAAUGGCCCAUAAAGAUGAGGAUCAAGUGUCAUUAUCUAGAGAUGAAGAUGUUCAAAAUGAUGAUUCAGGAGUCCCAGAGCCUACUAUGCAUGCUCCAGAGAUUCAAGAAGUUAAAGAUUUGGAAUCACCUGUAAAUGAAACGUCAGAAGCUGACCCUGUUGAAAAUGUUAAUACGGAAGAUGAUGUUCAGUCCCCUGAGCAAGCGAGUAGAGAGGAAGAGGUGCUGGAACAUAAGCAAGGGAAAGAGGGUGAAUCCAUUUUUUCAUCUGGUGAUGUUCCGCCAAAGGAUGAUGCACCUAAAGGUCCUUUGGGGAUGGAUAAUUUGGAUCUUGCGGGUGAAGGAGGAAAGGAAGGGGAUGAUGAUGACGACGACAAGGGACCAGAAAUGGUCGCAGAUGAUCAACCCAAGGAUGGUGAUGCACAUGAUCCCUUGAAGGCGGUUGAACCUCUUGAGGGAGAGGACGAACAGGAGGCCGGACAAGAGAAGGAAGGAGGCGACCAAGAGGGAGUUCAAGGGCCCGAGGAAGUACUUCCAGAGCCACAAGCUGUAGACCCUCCGGAAGAAUCCAAUGAGGAGAGACCCGAAUCUGAGAUGCCAGAGGUUGUUCUCCCUCCUGCAGAACCUAAUGAUAAUGAUGAGAAAGAACCUGAGACCAUACCAGAUGCUCCAGCAAAGAAGGACGACUCUGGUGAAUCACAACCUGAAGAGGCAUUGGCUCAAGAACAUGGUACUCCUAAAGAAAAUGAGGUAGAGGGUGAAGAGCAAGACGGCAAUAGAGCUCAAGAUGAACAACCACCAGAUGAGGAGGGGUCAGAAGUUAAGGAGGAAGACUCUCCUGUAGAGGAUCCCAAGCCAGUAUCUAAUGAGGAAGAAUCUAGUAAUGAGCAAGAGGAGCUAGGAGACCUUGAUGAUCAAGACUCUGAAGAGACUCUUGUAGAAGAAGUACAGCCAGAAGUUGUUCCUCCUGCAGAAUCUCCAGAGGAUGAUGAACCUGGGAAGGAAUCAGAAUCUGAUGAUAUGGGAGACCCGUCCAAAGAGAAUGAGCAGGAAGCCAGAGUAGAGGAGACUGGGUCAGAGGGUGUUACGUCUGAAGAUGAUGGAUUAGAGUCUAAUAAGGGAGAGACUCCUAAAGGGGAUGAAGAACAAAAAGCUUCUGAAUCUGCAUCCAAUACUGAGGAGGUAGUUCAGGAACAACCAGAGCCUGAACCAGCUACAGAAGAGGAAGAACAAUCACCAGGAAAUAGUGAGGCAUCUCAAGAAGGAAACGAUGAAUCUAAUGAACACUCACCUUCGCUAGGAGAUAAUGAUGAUGAGGAUGAGGAAGAAGAAGACGAUGAUGAAGAAGCUGGACAAGAGGAAGAAGGGGAGCUCCAAGACGCUGAUAAGGAAGAUGAAGAACCAUCUACCAACGAUGAUUCUGAAGAGAAUGAGUCAGAGUUCAAUGAACCUAGAGAAGGUGCAGAAUCUCCAGAGGAUGAUGAACCUGAACCCAGUGAUCCUGCUGAAGACGCAGAGACCCCGGAAAACGAAGUUUCCACAGACGCGCAAGAUGAUGGCGACAAAGGAGACGAUGAAGAACCUGAGUAUGAUGAAGUAGAAGAGGAGGGAGCUAAAGAACCAGAGGCUCCAGUAGAGACUACCACAGAUGCAGAUGGAUCCAAGGUUCUGGAAGAUGCUCCAGUGAAGAAGGAGGAGUCUAGAGAUAAACCAUCUAGUGAUGAUAAAGAGCACGAGACUGCUCAAAUUGAUGACCCUGAUCAUGCGGGUAGAGUGGAGUAUGCAGCCAUUUUGGGUGAUUAUGAUCAAAAUUUGGCGCCAGAGACCAAACAAAGGGGAUUUGGAACGGGUGCAAAGAUUGCCGGAGGUAUCAUUGGAGGCUUGCUGGCUAUAGCUGCCGCCGGAGCCGGAUACAAGCUACACAAGAAGAGGUUUGUUUGUGUGGUACAUGGACUAGAGGUACCUAGAAGAGAGUAUGGGCCAUGUUCCAGGUACCUCUCCUCUCUACACACCAUUCUGGGUACCCCUGGUUCUCCGGAGAUUUUCUAG